AAGCGCCUGCCCCCAACCCCUACCCGCUUGAAUCGCGUUGCUCGUGGGUCUGUAAACUCUGAAGAAGUGAGACCUACAGGAAACCAAGCGUCCUUUGCGGCUCGGUUUAUGCAACUCAGCAAGGGUCUCUGGAAACAAUCGUUAACAGUAUAUGGUGCGCAAAGCAUCUUUCUCCCCACCCCACCUCCCCCGCAGCAUACCGUAAAGAAAACACAUGAGAAGACUAAUACACGACUGCCUGGCUUUAUCUCCAUUGCGCAGACGUCGGCAGUAAAUUCAUAACUUCGUGCAAACCCAGGGAGCGUGGAAGCGUUUUUGCACGACGCGUGGGGCAUGGCUCUCUCCCAGCCUUCCACCAAGCUUCAGCGGUUUCGAAGUAAUGCGAGCAUUUCAUUGAACUUGGGUGAUGGAAGUCUCCUGUUAAUGGUGAUUUCCCCACCGCUCUCCUCUGUCGCUCAUUUUCCCCCACCAGAAAAGCAACGAGCAACCACUAGUGUCCUGCUUCCAGGAACUCUGAAAUACUUUGCAGGGGAUUAAACAUACUCCCCACCCCCUCAAUUGCUUGGGCUGUUGGUUGCUUGCCUAUGUUAUGCAGAUGAUCUGCUGCAUUUGUAUCCUCCCAAAACAGUUAGAUGUAAUGUGUCAUAGCCCCUGUACGGCCCUGGCAACUCCCCGUCCUCUGGGUUUACAUAAUGGAGGUCUCCUCAAGGUGCAAGCCAAAACCAAGAGCAGGCGCUCAGCCUACAAAUCCCAGCAUUCCCGGCCCCGUAGCGUUGAGGAUUGAACCAGCUGUUGAGGAUGGCGCCUGCGCAUUGCUGCGAAACCAGCUUCAUAGUACCACACCCCCGGGGAGGGAGGGAGGCAGCAGCAUCUGAAACAUUAAACCAUCAGAGAGAGCCUGGGGGGAGGAGAAUGGAGUAGCAGAGCAAUAGAGAGGGGAGAAAAUAUUAGUGAGGGGAGAGCUAGCAGUGACUUUCUUAAAGGAAACUCCAGGAGGGGGAAAUAAGGAGGAAUAAUGCACUAGAGAAAGGAGGCUGAUAGUCGUUACAGAGAACCAGCAGCACCUCUAGCAAUUGACAUCCUGCUGCAGUGCCGCUACCUUCGCUGACUGAUACUGUCAAUGGAGCUGGAAAAUAUUGUUGCCAAUACGGUCUUGCUGAAAGCCAGAGAAGGGGGUGGAGGAAAGCGCAAAGGCAAAAGCAAAAAGUGGAAGGAAAUCUUGAAAUUCCCUCACAUUAGCCUGUGUGAAGAACUCCGAAGAACAAUAGAGAGAGAUUAUUACAGUUUAUGCGACAAGCAGCCAAUUGGAAGGCUUCUCUUUCGGCAGUUCUGUGAAACUCGACCGGAGCUUGAGUGUUGCAUUAGGUUCCUUGACUCGGUGGCAGAGUAUGAAAUUGCUCCAGAUGAAAAACUGGGAGAGAAAGGAAAGGAAAUCAUGAUGAAAUACCUCACCCCAGAGUCCCCAGUUUAUGUUGCCGAAGUCAGUCAAGAUCUUGUCCAGCAGACUGAGGAAAAACUCGAAAUCAGCCCCUGCAAAGAGCUGUUUUCUCACUGUGCAAAAUCUGUCCUUGACUACCUAAGUGGAGAUCCAUUUCAAGAAUACCUAGACAGCAUGUACUUUGAUAGGUUUCUGCAGUGGAAGUGGUUGGAAAGGCAACCAGUAACGAAAAACACAUUUAGGCAGUACAGGGUACUAGGAAAAGGUGGUUUUGGGGAGGUCUGUGCUUGCCAAGUCCGAGCAACAGGGAAAAUGUAUGCCUGCAAAAGAUUAGAGAAGAAGAGAAUAAAAAAGAGGAAAGGCGAAUCCAUGGCAUUAAAUGAAAAGCAGAUUUUAGAAAAAGUCAAUAGUCAAUUUGUAGUUAACUUAGCCUAUGCCUAUGAAACAAAGGAUGCACUGUGUUUAGUUCUGACCAUAAUGAAUGGGGGUGACUUGAAGUUCCACAUCUACAACAUGGGAAACCCAGGCUUUGAGGAGGAGAGAGCUUUGUUUUAUGCAGCAGAGAUUCUUUGUGGCUUGGAAGACCUGCAUAGAGAAAACACUGUAUACAGAGAUUUGAAGCCAGAAAAUAUCUUGUUAGAUGAUUAUGGCCAUAUUAGAAUAUCUGACCUGGGUCUAGCUGUUAAAAUCCCAGAGGGUGACUCAAUCCGUGGAAGGGUAGGAACAGUAGGGUAUAUGGCUCCAGAAGUCUUGAACAAUCAGAGAUACACCCUCAGCCCUGACUACUGGGGGUUAGGUUGCCUCAUUUAUGAAAUGAUUGCUGGACAAUCACCAUUUCGUGGCAGGAAAGAGAAGGUAAAGAGAGAAGAGGUGGACAGGAGAGUCCUGGAGACAGAAGAGGUGUACUCCCAUAAAUUUUCUGAGGAGGCCAAGUCUGUCUGUAAAAUGCUACUAACCAAAGACGUGAAGCAGAGGCUCGGAUGUCAGGGGGAAGGUGCAGUGGAAGUGAAGAAGCACCCAUUCUUCAAGAGCAUGAACUUCAAACGAUUAGAGGCAGGAAUGUUGGACCCCCCCUUUGUCCCUGAUCCCAGAGCAGUGUACUGCAAGGAUGUGUUGGACAUCGAGCAAUUCUCCACAGUGAAAGGGGUUAAUCUGGACCAAACAGAUGAUGAUUUCUAUUCCAAGUUUUCCACAGGAUCCGUAUCUAUUCCAUGGCAGAAUGAGAUGAUAGAAACAGAGUGUUUUAAAGAGCUAAAUGUGUUUGGACCAAAUGGUACUAUUUCACCGGACCUAAACAAAAGCUACCCCCCAGAGCCACCCAAGAAAGGAUUACUACAUAGAAUAUUUAAACGUCAGCAUCAAAACAAUUCAAAGAGUUCACCGAAUUCAAAGGCGAGUUUAAAUCACCACAUAAAUUCAAACCAUGUAAGUUCAAACUCCACCGGAAGCAGCUAGUUGGAACUCAACUUUCAUGAAACAACGUGUUGCAUCCUUCCACUAUAAUCUAUGGAGCUUCUAAGGAUGAGAGAGCAUCCACCGUUGAGUUAAAAAAUAAAUGAUCUCCCAGCAAUGGAGAUAUUCUAUCCAUUCCUUCCAGUGGAGCCUCACAUUUUAUGAAGAAAUUUCCACUCAGGUCUGUUUUUGGAGGUGGCACUCAAGAUGGUGUGAAUCAGAUUUGUCUAUUUAGAACAUUGCAAUAGAAAUUCAACGAACAUGACUACUUGCACGUAUUUAAAUAGCAUCAUACUAGAACUGAAUUUUGUCUUUAUUAUUUUUAAAGAAAAGUUUUGUAAAUUUCUCUAUUGUCUCAGUUUACAUUUUGUACAUUUGUAUUUAAAUGAAAGUCAGACUUUGGGGUGUAUAUUUUCUGAGCAGCAGCUGUAAAGCCAUGUGUUUUAAGACUUUUUUUUAAAAGAAAUGUGACUCAAGACUUCCAGAGCCUCAAAUGAGAAAUCAUUCUUUUUAGUAAGUGUAGAAAAUUAUUCAUAUUUCACUUUAUCAAGUUGGUUUUACUGACAUGCAUUUUUAUGGCACAGUUUAUUCUUAAUUAUUUUACAUGUGUAUAUUUGGCUUACAGCAACACUGCAUACAUUUUUCCUCUUUGUUGGUUUGUAAAGUCUUGUAUUAAAUGCUAUAAUACGUAGUCAAGACUUUGCCGCAUCUAAGAAUACUAUUUGCUAUGUCUGAGGUUCGUAAUGUCAUGGGACCAGCACUGUUAAGAUUUGCACUUAUUUUUGUUGUUAGAUCAUCACAAUAUUUAUUGUUUUUAAUGGAACCCUGUUUUAAGUCCUCCUCCUUUUCAAACUUUUUUUUACUAUUGCUAAUGAGAGAGAGAACAAAUGUUAGCAAGGGGAGAUAAGAAAGACAAGUUGUCAUCAGUUCUUCAAAGACCUGAAAUCCUUUACCCAUUGAAAUUAACAGCAAAGCUCCCAUUGAUUUCAGUGAUACAGGAUCAGGCCACAAGUGAGAGGCUUUUAUGGCAGUUGCUUAUGUCACACAGCUACCAGGAGAUUGACUCAAUAGCCCUGUCUGUGCUGGCCAGGGAAGCUAUAGGGGACAGAACCAAGCCAGGAAGGUUCGGCUCUGGAUCUCAACUUUUCUACAUCCAUUAUAUCCAUUCCGGCCCGUGUCUACUUUCAAGUGAGCUGUUCUAGAGCCCUUGGGCUGCAUGGCUUCUUUUCUGGCCCCCUGAACCAGUGAUGAAAUAGCUGUUCCAGUACAGUUAGCUGAGUUCAGUGCCCAUUGUAAAACAGUAUAGUUUGCCUUUUUUGAUUUCACAAUGCUUCAUCUCAGGUACUCCAUAGCAUUGUUUAAAACAAUCGUCCCACUGGUAUAGAUGGGCUCAGUCAGGUUCAAUAUCCAUACUAUGAACCAGUUAACAAAAGCAUACUAUGUGCUAGGAGUGUAUCUGUUCUCAAACAUGCCAUGUAGGACAUCAGGUGCCAAACACAGCUUCACCCCAUUUCAACUGAUGUUGGGAAACAUUUGCCCCAGAAUCUGCUGCAUUCAACAUUUGCUGUAAAAUAGUUUGGUUGACCAUGCUUUUUUACAACACUUGCUGAAUUGAUUGAGUUUUCCUAAACUUUUGGGAGAACUGAUGUCCGACAUGUCAUGUCUAAGAAUUAAACGAUUACACUAAGGUUAGGCCAUGUCUGUGCUGCCCAGGGAAACUGGGUUAGCGUCUUUCUUGCAAGAACUACAUGUAUGUUUAAUUAAUCACAAGGAACAGGUUACUUAAGGGGGUUCUGGAAUCCGCAUCAUUGGAGGCUUUUAAGAACAGGUGAGACAAACACCUGUCAGGGAUGGCCUAGAUAUAUUGAAUCCUGUCUCAGUAUGGGAGGAUAAACUAGAUGACUUCUUGAAGUCCCUUCCAGCCCUGCAUUUCUAUGAUUAGACUGGUGUGCACAGGAGCCGACUUUCUAAUGUGCCGGGGGUGUUUGACCCCCCAGGCCCUGCCCCUAGUCCACCCCUUCCUCCAAGGCCCUGUCCUGCCUCUUCCUGCCCCUCUGCUACC